AUGCUCUGUCUCGGACAGGUGGAUGGGGUGUUCCACAACCUCCCGGUGAUCACGGUCAACAGGCGGCUCCAAGCAUAUCAGCAUGGUACUAACAUCCUGGUGCAAACUGACUUUGGCCUCAUUGUGAGUUACGACCUGGUUUACCAGGCCAGAGUCACCGUUCCACAGCGAUACCAGGGCCACACCUGUGGCCUGUGCGGGAACUACAGUGGACAGCAGGACAGCAAGUUUCUGCUCCCCAAUGGCAGGACAGCCUCUGAUGUGGCAGCAUUUGGCUCUGCUUGGGAAGUCCAGGUCCCAGGAGCAUCAUGUUUAGACAGAUGCGCUGGGAACAGCUGUCCAGUUUGUGAGGAGAGGAAGAAGGACGUCUUCAAACAGCGCCACUACUGUGGGUUGCUCACAGCCCCUGACAGCCCCUUCACUGCCUGCCACGGCACGGUCAGCCCCAGUGUGUAUCAGAGCAACUGCCUGUAUGAUCUGUGCCUCAGCAAUGGAGAUGCACAGGCUCUGUGCCAGAGCAUGCACAGCUAUGUGACGGCCUGCCAAGAGGCCAAGGUCACCAUCCCGCCCUGGAGGAGCGCCUCCUUCUGCCCUGUGACCUGCCCUGCCAACAGCCACUAUGAGGUCUGUGCUGACCUGUGCACUGUCACCUGUGCUGGAAACAUCAUAGAUUGCCCGGAGACCUGUGCCGAAGGCUGCCAAUGUGACGAGGGCUUCUUCUUCGAUGGCCAGGGCUGUGUGACUCAGGAGAGCUGUGGAUGCUUCGAACAGGGGAGAUACUACAAGCCUAGUGAGGCGGUCCUGAUGAAUGAGUGCCAGCAAAGCUGCACAUGUGUUCCCACCCGAGGGGUGACCUGCGAAGCCCACAGCUGCUCCAGAGGAGAAACCUGCCAGAUCAGAGAUGGCGUCAUGGGCUGCAUCAGCCAAGUUAUUCCAUCCUGCAGUGUGCUUCGCUGCAGGGAAGGAACUAUUUGCAAGAAGAUAAAUGGGCAGCCAGAGUGUGUGCCAGUCUCUCAGGCCACGUGCUGGGCUGGGGGUUACUUGCAUUACUACACCUUCGAUGGACGGGUGUAUGAUUUCCACGGCACCUGCAACUACACGGUGGCCAAGACCUGCAGGGAUGACUCCGUCCUGCCCUCCUUCCAUGUCAUGGCCAAGAGCGAGAACAGGGGGAACACACAGGUCUUCUACAUUGGGUCGGUAACUGUCCAGGUGGAUGGAGUCACCAUCACAGCAGCCAGGGCUGAGGUCGGCUUUGUGGGGGUGAAUAACACCAGGGCCCACUUACCCAUCUCCCUGAACAAUGGGGCCCUUCGGCUCUAUCAGAGCAGCACCUCCCUCGUCCUCCGCACCGACUUCAACCUCAGCAUGUCCUAUGACUGGAACAACCACUUGAGGGUCACCGUCCCUAAUGACUUCUCUGAGAGCCUGUGCGGCCUGUGCGGCAACUAUAACGGGGACCUCUCCGAUGACUUCCGGACCCCGGACGGGGACCUGGCUCCCAGUGUCACCACCCUGGGGAAAAGCUGGGCGGUGGAAGAUGAGGAUCAGUUUUGCUGGCACGAUUGCAUUGGAGGUUGCAGGCCCUGUGACCCCAGCAUCGCCAGAAAGUACAAGGAGGAGGCCUCGUGCGGCCUGAUAACCAAGGUCUCAGAUGGACCCUUCAGCCAGUGCCACAGCAAGGUGGAUCCUACAGUCUACUUGGACAACUGCGUGUACGAUCUGUGCCAGAACGACGGCUACAGGAUGGUCCUGUGUGAGGCCCUGAAGGCCUAUGCAGACACCUGCCAGCUAGAGGGGGUCAGGAUUGGGGAAUGGAGGCAGCUGGCCAGAUGCCCCAUGGAGUGCCCCCUGGAGAAUAGCCAGUACCAGCUCUGUGGAACAGCCUGCCCAGCCACAUGUGUGGACCAGUCAGCCCCCAGCAGCUGCGAAGACCCCUGCGUGGAGAGCUGCCAGUGCAAGGAUGGUUUUGUGCUGAGCCAGGGCAAAUGCAUAUCCAUGCACGGCUGUGGGUGCCUAUUCAAGGGGCGCCCCUAUGCCCCCAAUGAGAGUUUCUGGGUCGAUGAGGCAUGUGGGACACGGUGCAUAUGCAAUGCAACCACUAAACAAGUCGAAUGCGUGGCCGCCACGUGCAAACAGUCGGAGAGGUGCGGGCUAGUGAACGGCGUAUGGGGCUGUUACCCCUCCAGCUACGCCACCUGCUCUGUGACAAGGAAUCUGCACUACACCACCUUUGAUGGACAGAGAUACGACUUCCAAGGCACCUGCCGCUACCAGCUCACGGCUCUGUGCAAGAAGGCAGAGGGACUGGUGGACUUUGAAGUCUACUUUCAGGAGAACAAUACCGCUCCUGUACAGAUCAAGGUGUAUCAGACCAACCUCAGGGUCAGCAAUCAAUUCCCUGGGAAAGUCCUGGUGAGUUUCUCAAAUUGUCUCUAA